UCACCAUCUACUCUGUACCCGACUCCAAGUUAUCCAACCUCCCAAACCCCAGACCCUUCCCCAAAUUCCUUCUUGGGUUAUCCCUGGGUAGUGGUGAGUACCUCAUCUACCUUCUAUCCGACUCGGUCGACCACUACCUUUUCGACUUGUGGAGCUACUUCCUACUGCGCCGCCAUCCCCGUGUGCAAGACACCCUUAAACCAACCAACCCCUUCAAGGAGCUCAGACAGUGGCGAUUCUUGAUACCUGACAAUAGCAGACACGAGUAUUGUUAUGGCAGAGCAGAGCAGCCACGAUGUGGUAGAAAAAACCCUGUCGGGCGGCGACACUUCGUCUUCCGACGUUCCUGCGAGCAACAACGCCAAGCUAUCUGCUGGAGGGGACGUGGGGGAGAUCAAAGAUACCGCGAAAACGACUCAGACACAGACUCAUGCAAACGACCGCCCAGCUGAUGACAAGACGAACGCAUCUACUUCCUUCGAAGCAAAGAGCAGUGAUAUUGGAAAGGAUACCGGAGGUUUAAUGAAUGUGGGUGGUGUGAUGGUGGGAAGUCCGAAGGCGUCACUGAACCUGGAACAGGAUACCUCGAGACAUGGCCCAGGCCCCGUUGAAAGCAGAGCGCUUGAACUGAACGGGAUGGCAUCGACAUCGGAUGGUGGUGAAGAUACAGCUUCUCAAGGCGGCUCGGAGUCCGACGCCAGUCGAACAGAGAGCAAGAAUCCUCGCGCCGGUUCCACGAAAAAGCCCGCAACUUUCAAACCCGUUUCCUUUGCCAAAUUCACAGUCCCUAAAGCACCGGGAGCCUCUGUCUCAUCUAAACCUACUGAAAAAGCGACCUUGUCUUCUACAACACCCUUGGGUGCACCUCAUCACAACCCGCGACCCCGAUUAGUCGCGAAAUCAACCAGCAGUAUCCGCGACUCGUUUUCCAAACUGGGAACCGGUGGUGUCAAGCCAGGUUCAGGCCCUGAUCCGAAUCGAGUGUGGAAUAGAAAUCGACCAACAGCAACUCCACCAAUGCCGCAGAAACAGUUAACCGAUGAGGAGCUUAAGCAGCAGUACGGGAUCCACAUGACCUCACGGAUUCAAGAAGAUGGUGGCGGGACAGAGGCUAAGUGGGCAGAUAUCGAGGAUGACGAAGAUGACUGGGCUCCAGAGACGAUUGAGUGGACUGAUGGAACGAAGAUAACUCUCACUCAUAAUGAACCUGCACCGCCUCCACAGCCUGUUCAAGAACCCGAGCCUCCGAAGAUAUCCAAGGACAUACCACCACCAAAGGAGCAGACUGCCUUCCCCGAUGUUAAGAAAGUCGUUCCGAGGCCUACGACGACUAUUGGGCCAAAUCCCACAGUUCUGAGGCUCGGAGCAAGCGCUGACCGACAGGCCAAAAAUGCAAACGCUUUGUCUAAGGGAGGAAAUGGUAGAUCGUCUCCAGCAUCGACUAGCCCUGCUCCUGUCCCUGCUAAAUCCCCGUGGGCACCCUUACCCCCUGUUGAAAAAGUGUCUCCCGUCGUUCCGCCCGUCCAGACUCAGCGUUCUCCGCGGCCGUCAUUUAGGGGUCUUCAUUCCAAUGACAAUAUCAGCGGACCUGUUCCUCCAAAGGAGAUUGCGGCUGACGACUUUAAUCGAUCGUGGAGAGAAGUUCAUACAGGGGCUCCCCGAGAACUCUAUAAUUCAAGGUCGGGCCGAUAUGAACCUGUCGCUGAAACCAGGAAAGGGUCUUGGCGUAACGAGCAAACGUUCCGUACACCGUCUCUUUUGCAAAGACCCGUGCAUCAUGAGCCAGCCAGUCCCGCAGAGCCUUCUGCGGCAUUCCAAACUCACAGAUCAAGUAUUCAAGAUGGAGCUCAUUGGAAUCGUCGCCGGGCAUCAUCCAACGUCAGCGGGGGGAGUGGAAGCUUGGGUCCUAGAGGCUCAGGUGGCCGGUCAGACCUAUCUCAAGAAUACGUUGAGAGUUGUCGGGCGUCCCAGGUGAAUGGGACUGUCGAUCAAUCGUCCAUUUCUACUGAUCUCCCGCACGAAGGUCCAUCUCCCACUCAGAAGGUUCCCGGUCCAGCUUGGCGGAUGCGGAGUCCCUCGAAUGCUAACCUCACAAAGAUUGCUCCAACUGUUGGCCCGCAUGCUCCUACAGAAACUGCUACUUCUGAAAUUGCCGCAGCACCACAGGUCUUGGAAGAAGAUCCAGUUGCUAUGCAGGAGCGUAUAAUGAAGGAAAAGAGACUGGAAGCUCGGCAACGGAGACUAGAGCAGGAGCAGAAAGAAGAAGCUGAGAGACGUGAAAGGAUUCGCCUGAAACUGGAGGCAUUGGGGCCACCUCCUGAAAAGCCAAAGUCGAAGAGCAAAGAAAUACAGGAAGCAAACAAGCCCGAAGGGGUCUCUGCGACCCCACCCACCCCAUCUCAGCCACCUAAACCUCCAGUUCCCGAACCUACUGGGGAGCCAAAGCAAUACGGGAUGAUGAAGGUUCACCAUCCUGAUAGUGUAAAAAAGCUGGUUGCAGCGAACGAAAAGGAAAGACAUGCAGAAAAACCGGCUGCGAUUAUCAAUCCCCCAAAGGCAGCAUCGCCUCCUCGUGACUCAGUGCCCGAUGCGGUGUCUACUCACAGACUUCGACGGCUGAGCGAAACUCACGCUCAGGCCCACGACAAACUUUCAGAGCCCAAAACAGAGAAGAAUGGUUCUCAGUGGAGAGGUAACCUAGGAGUUUCGGGCUACUCGCCAUGGACGCCAAACGCAAAGCUUGGGCCGGUCUCGUCACCUGUUACGAACCCCUGGAAACCGUUGAGCAAUGAUAAGACGCUGGGAAAUGGCCUAUUUGAUCAAGCUCUUGGUGGGUUUCCACCCAGGGACUUGCCUCUACGGAGCCAUCUUAGCCUUGAUCAGCAACCUAUCGGGCCUCCGACAACGAGCGACAGAAUCUCCGGUCCACAACCGUUCCCUGCAACUUCAAGGCCACCGCAAGAACAAUCGUCUAUGGCCUCUUUACCGUCACCCGAGAUCAAGCAUGUGAACCCAAUUGCUCGACCUGCCCCGAUUGGUCCUCCGAGUUUACAGAACGCGCAGUGGCAACAGCAAGAGGCCCGUCGUGCUCAGUCGACAGCGGCGUGGAGCAAUUUCCAAGCUGUUGCUACCAAGAGAGAGGCAGAGGAAAACGAGAAAUUGCUUCGGGAGAUGAACGCGAUCCGUGAUGGGCCAUCUACAUUACAGGUUAACUUCAACGAAACUUGGCGACAGGUUCGAACGGGAGAGCAGUCUGGCCAACGGCAGGUUAUUGGGAUUACUAGGACCACUGACAAUAAUGCUCCACCCUCGAAUCUACUACCUGGCGUUGACCCCAUCAGUGGUCUGCCUCUUCCAGAUAACCACCCUCGUCCGUUCGCCGGCGUUAGCGUGCGGGGAUCACGAUUCUUUCCACCAGCCGAACCCCCAAAGAAGCCUGUUAUUGAUGAGCAUGAAUACCAGCGAAGCUUUUCUCCGCCUCCCCCAGAGGAGUCAGACCAUCCUGUAUUCACUGGCGAUUCACACAGGCCGUUGGUCCACCUCCCCGCACCGAAGCCUGUUGUUAAACUCCCUCCGAAAGUUGUAGCUCCCCCUCCGCCCCCUCCCACCUUCGCCUCGAUGGCUGCAGCACCUCCACCCCCACGUUCCGUUGCGCAACAUAUCUCAGCUGCAUCAAUCUGGCAGGAAAAGAUUAACGGUCUCUUUGGCAAGAAGACCCUCACUGAAAAGAAGAAUGCAUUGGCGGUUGCAUCAGCUUCCAAGGAACCUCUUGAUGUUCAAUUGCCCACAGCGGCUGUUUCGGUUUCUCUUCCCCAGAAUGUUGAUAUUGAGACUCGGAUUGGAGAUGGAGAGACUUCUUCCCGACAGGUCGAGGAGGAAGAGGAUCUGUUCGAAGAUCGUGAAGCCGGCUCUUUACCUGUUGUCCGUGUGCCUUAUAUGGCUCCUCCAGCAGCUUGGGUUGCUGCUCUUCCUCCGUCCCAAUCUCGAUUGCGGUCAAAGCAUUUGAAAUCGACGCAAGUUCAUAGUGUCGAGCCCUACUUUAUAGGAGCCUAUGACAAAGAUCACUCUGGUAAUAUCCGAAUAUCAAUUCGCCUUCCGGGGUCUUCCAUUGCGAAGACGGCUAUUCUGCCCAAAAAGGGCGCGGGUAGUGGGCCACGACAACGUGGUCCAAACUUCAAACCUCGGAAGAAUACGAGAUCUCGCGAAGGGCCUAACUACUACAACUCUAAAAAGCCGUCCCCUUCCCAACAAGCUAACGCAAGUGCCUCCUCUCCGCGUCAUCAGUCGCGAAAUGCGUCCUCCUUGGGACUGCGCACGGCUGGUGGACUUAACUGA